AUGAAUUCAUUUUCAAUGCUAUCAACUCCAUUGCUCCUCCGGACAGCUCGUCUGUCAAACGCUUCUCCCGGAGCACGGUAUAUAACUUCGACCGCGUACAGAUUCGCAGAAACAAAAGCUCAAGACUCGUCACACCAAAAGGAGUCCAAUGAUGCAUCAGAUGACCAAUCAGCACAGCAAAAGCUCAAGCAAGACAAGACCAAAAGCGUAGCUCAAGCGGAUCAAGAGCUCCGAGAGCGGCUCGAGCAAAUGUCUGGCGGUGGUGGCGCUUCAGGAAUUGAGUAUGAAGAUGGCAAGCCCAAUGCCAUGAAGCGCAGCAGAGCGUCCCAUCAUGUCGAGACUGAGGUACAAGUCGAGGCGUUGGCGACCGAAGGCCAGCUAGGUCGUUCAACUGUGCCAGGGCAUAUCUUGCCCAUUGAUGGAUGUCGCAUACAGCGCUAUAACGAAUCUUCUCCGAUUGAACACUGCACGGCGCACAGGAACGCCAACUUCAAAGAAACAUACUGGUUCGGUUGGAUAGAUCCCGUCGAAACUGUCAAUCUCGGCUGGGUCCUAUGUAUGGUAGAGAGGUGUGAAAAUGGGGGACCAAGAAUCGAGAACAGGCCAAAGUCCGCUUGGAAAUGA